GAGUUCGCUAGCAACAGACAUGGAACAAUUGAUGCGAGUGCUAUGUUGAACGGGUUACAGAGGUACGCAAAUGAAGGAAAAGUACCAGGGCAUCGCGACGCGGUUUACCUUGCUACAGCACUUGACAUGCAAAUGAAGCAGGAUAACACUGUUGCAGGACUUGCAAAUUUUGCCUCAGCCUGUAGGAAAUCAGCAGUAGGUGAAGGUGAAGAUAUGCCUCAUACAUACAACGGGGUAAACACAAUGGCCCACGAACUGGCGCAUACGUUAGGAUCACCUCACGACGAAACCCCGGAGUGUCCGUGGGCCAAAGGAUAUCUCAUGAGUUAUGUGGACGGCGGAUUGAACAAGUUCAAGCUUUCGCCGUGCAGCGAGAAAAGCAUCAGACGCUACGUGCAGUAUCUAUCAGAAGAGUGCAUCAGAGUCCAGAGUAGCAAGAACUACAACCGGGAACACAGAAAAUUUCCAGGACAAUCUGUGCGUGCACAGUAUCUGUGCCGGAAGUUGCUAAGAGUGAAUCAGGGAAGGAAAGUCACCGCAAAAGAGAGUGCCAACUGCAAAAUGCAGUGCUGCAAUCGAGCAAGUUUGGGUGGGCCACCUUGCAGGACAUACCCCAUGCUGGACGGUAUGCAGUGCGCACACGGCAAGACUUGCAAAAGAGGAAUCUGUGGAGUACACACGUGGACAAACUAAACAAUAACAUUCGAAAAACAUUGGCCCCAGAUUGUUGCUUUGGA